AUGGAGAGCGAGCGGAGCGCCUUCCUCGGUUCGCUCGACGACCUCCUUCGCAGCCUCGCCCACAAACCCCGGCUCUCGUCAGGUUCGAACGAGGAGGCCACGGCUAUGCGACAGGAAGAGGACACGCCCAGCGCAAACAUGUGCGCCGUGCUGGUGCUCCUCCAUCGGCCGAUUUUUAUUGUUGGGCAUAUCUGGAAUACAAGCAUUGGAGAGCUGGUGUCGCGCACGGUGGACCACGAGAGCCAGCCCAAGGAGAGCGUGUUCACGCGCUCGCUUCACGGCCUGAACCUGCGCGUGCCCGACGACUUCGCCGACAUGUCGUUGGAGCGGAGGUAUGAGCGAUCGCUGUUCUCGAGCAUCGACAACAUCAAGGCCGCUCAGGCGUACGCCGCUUCGGGCAUCGGCGGCCUUUCCAACGCUGGCAAGGGCAUCAAGAGCGCGGGCGUGAUCUUCCGUGGCAACACGCUGGCGACCAAGUGUGUGGACGCCUUCAUGAAGCUCAUCGGGUCGUCCUACCUUCACCGGGUGCUCAAGGAGCACAUCGCGGCGUGUGGUGGUCUGUACGUGGGUGGUGUGGACUCGCAGGCCUGCAAUCCCGUCGCGACAAAUCUCAGCGGCAAGGCAAUCCUCAUCAGGAGGGACGGUUGCGAUGACGUCAGCGUCAAGGUGCUGAAUGCGCAAAAUGCUGAUAUGUCCUACCCCUUUUGA